AUGGAAGAAGCUAUUCGGGAACAAGAACGACAAAAACAAGAUAUGAUUAAUCAGAUAAUGCAAGCAAGAAAUAAACGUGAAACGGCUUUUCGCAGAGAAUUGGACUUGCGAAGAGAAAAUGAUGAAUUAUUGUUAAAGCAGCAACAAUUAGAGAGGGAAAUUAAUCUUAAAAAACAAAGGCAAGACUUAGAAGACCAAAUUAAUUCCAGUGCUAGCAAGUCCAAAGAAUUACAAAGCCAAAAUGAAAAAAAAGUUCAAACCACGCGGCAAGAACUAGAAGAAGUUAAUCAGGAACAACUUCGCCAAUCACAAGCAGCUUAUAACCAAUCUCUUAACCAAAUUAAUAGUGCUUGUCAAAGUAAUUUAAGCCAAAUUAGAAAUAGUUUUAAUAACGUCCAAGUUGGCGAACCAGUUUGCCGCUACGGACACGAUAAUAACAUUCAAGUUUACAAUAAGUCAGGAGAUCGAGAGUUUGCCGAGCAGGCUAGGGAGAGAACCCGCAGAAUGGAAGAAGCUAUUCGGGAACAAGAACGACAAAAACAAGAUAUGAUUAAUCAGAUAAUGCAAGCAAGAAAUAAACGUGAAACGGCUUUUCGCAGAGAAUUGGACUUGCGAAGAGAAAAUGAUGAAUUAUUGUUAAAGCAGCAACAAUUAGAGAGGGAAAUUAAUCUUAAAAAACAAAGGCAAGACUUAGAAGACCAAAUUAAUUCCAGUGCUAGUUCGCGGGAAACUAAUCUAAGGAACCAAAGCAAUCAACAAGUCCAAGAAUGA